AUGUCUCUCGUCGACGGCCUCAAGGACCUCGUCACCGACAUGUCCAGCAGCAUCGCCACCCUCGUCCGCAACUUUGACCAACAGCGCAUCGCAGACUGGGACGACCAGCAUCACCUGCAUGCGCGACAAGACAUCAUCGCGGGCCUGAUGACCAUCUUCGACAAGAUAUACUACACGCCGGAUCCCUACGUUACCAGCGAGACCGCACGCGACCUCGGCAUCUCGAUAAAGCACCUCAAGCUUGUCGAGACGGGCGACUACAAGAAUGAGCACUUCGAGUUCCGGCCAGAAUUUUUCAAACCCAUGCCGAUGGGCGCCUAUGAGUUGCUGCCGAUAGACGCCUUCGAUGUCGGUACGACUGGGCUGAUGAAGACGCUGGAUGAGUACUGGGACGAGGCUGAGAGUGGUGGGAAAUGCGGUGGGUUUACGCAGGCGAGGGCGGUUUCGGAUUUAUUCAGUUGCCUGUUUUCGCUCGUCGAGAGGAUGCCUGUUGGCUCGGAUGACGACUUUACGUUGCAGCAGUGGUCUGGCUGGGUGAGGCGAUGGCCCAACCGAACCGUCCAAGGCAGAAAGUACAUGCGCCCAAGUGGCCCCAACACGCCCGAAAGCGAAAGCGUGACGCUCUGGGACGUCCGAUUCGGAGACAAUUGGGUUCGCGACGACAGCCAUCCGCACCGAACCGUCAUCCUCGAACACUCGGUUCCUCCGCACAAAGGGCUGCUCCGUUCCGAAGUCCUCACGAUCAUUGGACUCAUGCGCGAGCGUCUCUCUGCUCAGACGCUCAUGGAACACAAGGUUGCUCCCAUCCAAAUAAUCUCCUGCAUGAACGACUACCAAGCCCGUAUCCUCCAAGCAGAUUUUCGAGACGGGAAACUGACGAUAUACAAGAGUUUGCUGUGGUCGUUCGCAACGCAAGAGGAGAGGUUGGAGAAUACGUCGCUUUUCUUGCGGUAUUUCGCGGCGCAGCCGGUUGGGGAUACAACUUUUCAUUGA